AUGUCGGUGCCGCAAUUCUGGUCCCAGCCUCUGCGCUACAUCCGCUGGGCCUCGCACGAGAAGCCAGCUAUCUUCUUCUCGAUCGUCCUCGGCUCGCUUGGCCCUGUUGCUCUCGUUUCCAUCCCUCCGGUUCGCCGGUACUUUGGCGACGUGGACCCGGAGCCGAUCCCAUUCACAUAUCCAAUCCCCAAAGGUCCGCGUGCGAUCCCGAAAGGCUUUGACGACGAAUAA